AUGGAAAAGAGAAAGGAGCAAUGGAUGAGGGAGGCUGAACUCCCGCGUCAGAGGUAUCACGAAAUUCUGUCACUUUUUUCUCGCCACGCCACUCGGCUUGUGGGAUCUUAGUUGCCUGACCAGGGAUCGAACCCACACCCUCGGCAAUGAAAGUGCAGAGUCCUAACCACUGGACCGCCAGGGAAUUUCCCCCAUUUUUUCUUUUUUUUUUAAAGGUAUUUAAAAAAUUUUGUUUAUUUUAUUUUUGGCUGCAGUGGGUCUUUGUUGCUGUGUGCGGGCUUUCUCUAGCUGCGGUAAGCAGGGGCUACUCUUCGUUGCGGUGGCUUCUCCUGUUGUAGAGCAUGGGUUCUAGGCACCCAAGCUUCAGGAGUUGUAGCUUGUGGGCUCUGGAGUGCAGGCUCAGUAGUUGUGGCGCAUGGGCUUAGUUGUUCCGCGGCAUGUGGGAUCUUCCUGGACCAGGGCUCGAACCCAUGUCCCCGGCAUUGACAGGUGGAUUCUUAACCACUGCACCACCAGGGAAGCCCCAUUUUUUCUUUCUGAAAGUACAAUUUAAUUGACCCUUUUCGUUAAUUCCACGGGUAUCACCAUAAACCAGCUCCCUAUUUUCUCAUGCUUGGGUUAUUUUGUUCCUAAUGGGAUUUGUGGAUUCCCAGUCAUCAUGAGUUCGGUCAAGAUGCCAUUGACAGAUUUUAUUACCCCAAAGAUUGGUAUUUUGUUGCUUUUUUCUCAGAUUUUAAUAAAAAGAAAUAUAUAUAUAUAUAUAUAUACACAUAUACAUAUACACACUGAAAGUGAUUAUAAAGAGCAUUCUCAUUUUUUAAAAAUAGUGAUAGAUGACUGAGGUUUGGGGACAGGACAAGGGUCUGGGAUACAGUUUAUCCAAGUGAUGGAAAGAGAAAAGAAACAAGACGUGAUGGUCUUAUCAUACUCAGUAUUUAUCUCUGGUAGGAUAAAGUAAUAGUAAAAUUUAGCCACUUUUUUUUUUUUUUUAAAGAAUCUGUUGUUAUGUUCUUACUAACAAAUAGGAUGAUCAGUGACUCCCAUUCUUAGGAAAAAAUGGCAUAUUAAGUAGCAUAAAGCUGAAAGUGAUAACAAAGAGACCAAGGACCAGUAUAAUUUCCCUCCUAUAAAACACUUAUAAAAGGCAGGUCAGCAGGAAGCUUUACGUUUUGUAUUCAUUCGGGUGUUGAAGUUUUUCUCUUGUCAUUGCAGUACCAUCUUUUAUGAUGUCACUCUGUGGGACUGAAUGCACUGCACCCAAAGCCAGGUUCUACUAGGCAGAAAAGGGGUGGAGGGUAUUGAGAAGCUGUGAUACAUUACCCUGGCCAGAAGUGGUGCAUAAUGUUGUAUGCACAUUCCAUCAGCAAAAACAGUGUCUGUCACACCUCAUUGCAAGAGAAAUUGUGAGCUGUUACGUGGCUUGGCUGCCCUGUACCUGGCCACGGUUAACCUCUGUGGAAGAAGGGUGAAACAGAUUCUAGGGGACAGCUUGCUUGUCCAGUCUUCCGGUGUACCCUUCUUAGGAUAUGCAUAUUCCUAAGUUCAAGAAAACAAACUUCAGUUUCAUGGAGAGUUGCAAGUUUGGGUAUAGGUAUUCUUUCAGUGCUUGGCUAUGUUAGGAUUGAUACUUUAAUAGGAUUUCAGAGGAAUAUCUAGGGCUGAUGGAUUUUGUAUUGUUUCUUACGAGUGGGAGGAAGCUGGGAGAUUAGUUACAAUUUAGAUCUGAAAGCUAAUGAAGACCUAUACAGAUGGUCCCUGACUUAUGAUGGAUUGACUUAUGAAUUUCUCAAUAAUGUUGCAAAAGCCAUACAUGUUCAGUAGAAACCAUACUCUGAAUUGUGAAUUUUGAUCUUUUCCCAGGAUAGUGAUGUGCAGUACCUUACUCUUGUGACGCUGCGCAGCAGCUCCCAGUCAGCCAUGUGAUCACGAGGGGAAACAACCAGUACACUUGCAACCUUUCUGUACCCAGAUAACCACUCUGUUUUUAACUUUCAGUAUAGUAUUCAAGAAAUUGCAUGAGAUAUUCAACGCUUUAUUAUAAAACAGGGCUUGUGUUAGAUGGUUUUGCCCAACUGUAGACUAACGUUUAAGUGUUCUGACCACAUUUAAAGUAGGCUGGGCUAAGCUACGAUGUUCAGUAGGUUAGGUGUAUUCAAUGCAUUUUCAACUUAUGAUAUUUUCAACUUCUGAUGGGUUUAUCAGGACACAACCCCACUGUAAGUCGAAGAGGCUCUGUACUCUGAGCCCCCUCCUUCAACCUUGGGCUAUCCACAGAUGCUGCCCUAUGACAUACUUGACUCUUUUAUCCUGUAGUCAUCCCACUAGGUCUGGGUAUCACGACUGCCUACAUGAGUGGAGCCAGUCUGCCCUUGUUCAAAUCUAACUUUCCCCAAGGCUGAGCAAAGUGUUUUUGGGUAAUUACUUAACCAUUGUGUGUUUCCUUUUCUUCAUGUGGAAAACCAGGAUAAUAAGUAGAUAGCUUCUGGGGUUGUUGUGAGGAUUAAAUGAGCUUAUGUGUAUAUCACGUAGAACACUGCCUGGCGAAUGCUAAGUGCUAUACAGAUAAGUGCUUGACAUAUAAUAAGGGCUGUGCAACUGUUUUCUCUCAUAAUCACCAUCAGCACCACCACUGGUAUCUGACUCAGCAGUUUCCCUGUGCACAAUCUCAAUCAGCUCCAUGUGACUUUUCCUCUAUCCUUUGCUAACUGUUCACUGUAUCUAUUUCAUCUUUUUCUCCUUCUAGAAGGGGAGUCUGGGCUUGAAACCCUACAAUGGGAAAUUUCUGAAACAGCUUCAUUUCACAAUGAGAUGUUGGAUGAAGUCACAAGAGAUGGCUCAUGGUGUUCCAUUUUAGAAAAGCUGUGGGAAGAAGCUGACCAAACAAAGAGAGAUCAGAAAAAUCAAAGUAAACCUUCACAUCAGGGGGCUUUCCUCAACAAGAAAAAAUUGAACACAGAGAGGGACUGUAACUAUAAGGACCCUGGAAAAAUCAUCCGUGCGAGGCCCCACCUUGUUUCUUCACAAAAGAGACCUUGUAAACGUUGCUCUCGUGCAAAAAGGUUGAAACCUAACCUAGAAGUAAAUCAUCAAAAUCAAAAUCAAAGCAACACCACAGAACACCUUGAUGAGAUGGUUGAAUCUGGUCAGCUAUUCACCCAUAGCUCUUCCAGUGCCAGCUGCAAAAAUACUCAUACAGGAGAGAACUUCUGUGAAGGUAAUUCAUGUACAAAAGGCUUCGGCCAUAAACAGUCAUUCACACAACAUCAAGUUCACACUCAGGAAAAACCAGAUAAGUGCACUGAGUGUGGGAGGGACUUUACCCAGAAGUCACACCUCCUUGAACAACAGAGAUUCCAUAGUGUAGAAAACCUCCAGGAAUGUGGUAAAUGUGGGAGAGCCUUCACCCCACAACCAAAACUCGGUGUAUAUGUGACAGAUCAUACAGGUAACAUACCGUAUAUAUGUAAGGAAUGUGGAAAAGUCUUUGUUCAGAGGCCAGAACUGGUUACACACCAGAAAACUCACACUAGAAAGAAGCCCCAUAAAUGCCAUGAAUGUGGAAAAGCCUUUUUCCAGAUGUUAUCUCUCUUCAGACAUCAGAAAACUCAUACUAGAGAAAAACUCUAUGAAUGCAGUGAAUGUGGGAAGGGCUUCUCCCAGAAUUCAACCCUCAGUAUACAUCAGAAAAUUCAUACCGGCGAGCGACAGUACAUAUGCAGUGAAUGUGGGAAGGCCUUCACCCAGAAGUCAACACUCAGCUUGCACCAGAGGAUCCAUUCAGGGGAUAAGUCUUAUGUGUGUAUUGAAUGUGGCCAGGCCUUUAUCCAGAAGGCACACCUGAUUGUACAUCAGAGAAGUCACACGGGAGAGAAACCUUAUCAGUGCCACAACUGUGGAAAAUCCUUCAUUUCCAAGUCACAACUUGAUAUACAUCAUCGAAUCCAUACUGGGGAGAAACCUUAUGAAUGUAGUGACUGUGGGAAAACCUUCACCCAAAAGUCACACCUCAACAUACACCAGAAAAUUCACACUGGAGAAAGACACCACGUGUGCAGUGAAUGUGGGAAGGCCUUCAACCAGAAGUCAAUACUCAGCAUGCAUCAGCGAAUUCACACUGGAGAGAAGCCUUACAAAUGCAGUGACUGUGGGAAAGCCUUUACUUCCAAGUCACAAUUCAGAGAGCAUCAGCGGAUCCACACUGGAGAGAAACCCUAUGUAUGCACUGCAUGUGGGAAGGCUUUCAAUGGUAGGUCAAAUUUCCAUAAACAUCAGAUGACUCACAGUAGAGAGAGAACUUUUGCCUGUUACAAGUGUGGACACACCUUCACCCAGAAAUCAGAGCUGAUUACACAUCAGAGAACUCAUAUAGGAGAGAAACCUUACGAAUGCUGUGACUGUGGGAAGUCCUUCAGUAGGAAACCACAACUCAAAGUGCAUCAACGAAUCCACACGGGAGAGAGACCUUACAUGUGUUCCAAGUGUGGGAAGAGCUUCAACAACAGAUCAAAUUUUAAUAAACACCAAACAACUCAUACCAGAGACAAAUCUUCAGUUCCUAAUAUGCAUAUACAUAAAUGAAAUAAACUGAAUUUCUUGAAGAAAAAAAUCUUAUGAGUCAGGUUUAGUCAUAUAUUAUAGAAUUCAUGCUUCAGAAAAACUCUAGGGAUGCACUGCAUGUCACCAAGUUACACAUUUUAUGCGAAGGAAAUUACUCAGGAAAGAACUUUUAAGAAUGAGUGGAAAUGUCCAUAUUUGUACUAGCCUCAUUAGAAGUUAUAAAAUUCACUUGGGGAAGAAACCCUGACUAAUGUAGAGUAUGGUAUAAGACAGAAUCUUUAGGUCAGCAUAUUUAUUUAUAUACACACAUACACAUGCCCUCAAUUCUGUAGUGUCUGCUAUAGAAUUCACUGCAGAACAGGAGGUGUCAAUAAAUUAUAUAUUUUUUAAAAGAACCUAAUAUAUACACAGAUGAAUGUACAUUUUUUGGUAAGUGUAUAAAUGUGAUUCUAGUCUUCACAGUGUCAUUUUUCUCUUCUGUCAUGAUUAGUUCAGCUCUACCCUCCUCUUUCCACCUCCCCCAUCUAUGGUGAAACUUUUACUCUAUGGACUAUCGUAUUUUUAUACACGCUCCUAAACCAUUUAGGCCAAGAGUCAGCAAACUGGCCAUCAGCCAUCAGCCAAAUCUGGUUGGCCACCUGUGUUUUUUAAAUAAAGUUUUAUUGGAACACA